AGACUCAGGGGGAAGAUAAAACCCGUGGCGCGAAAACUAGAAGCCCUUCGAGUAGCUUGCCGCCACCGUUCCAUGGAAGAGAACGGCUACCGUCCACCCCAAUUCUCGGAGGACACAGCAUGGGUUCCAGUUUGGCUUCAAUCAUGCAGGGUUUCAUCUUUGAGUCAGCAAGCUAGAGGGGCUGAUAGUUUUCCGCAACCAACAAAUAAUGUUGAAUGGCCUCCAGAGACAUUGGGUGAUGGACAAGAACCCAUAAGAGAAGGUGCUGCAAACAACAAUUUUGAAUUGUUUUUAUCAGGAGACGACAUUUGCUCUGUUGGAAAUAGUCUAUCCAAAGAAAGUGUGCAGCCUUUCCAACUACACCUUUCCUCAGAUGUUUCUGAACAUUCCUUGAAUCAAUAUUAUGAAAGUUAUGGAGCAAGUCUCUCGUCAAGAGGAACGGUGCACCCUAAAUUUACACCUGGUUGUUUAGUAGUCAAGAAUCUUGAGGGUCCAUGUGAUAAGCUAAGAAACACAGACCCCAUGGCAAGUAGUGAGGCACAAGUAACUAAUAUGCAGAAGUAUCAUACUUGCCCAGAACCAGACAACAAUAACUGCGAAGGAAGAAAUUUCAGUAUUGGCUUCCUUGAAAAUGCUGAUGUUGAUAGUGCCAUUGAGUUAUCUAUUGUAGCAUCCGAAGCACUCGCAAUCUCUGAUAUGGUGUGCACGUCUUUGCCUUCUGAAGCUUGCGCUGCUUCAGCUGUUCUUGAAAUUGCCCUAAAGGUCAAGGAAGCAAGGAUUCAGGCAUGUGUUAGUAAUGCCGAUGUUUCUCUCAUUUCCUCUGAGGAAGUUGAGGAAGUGGACUCCCUAUCUGAUUUGGAUGAGGAAGCUAUGGUAGAUGCUUUUUCUGAUGUAGGUUUAUCUCCAAUCAAAGGUAUUGUCAAGACUAAUUCAUGCUGUAUGCAGCUCAAUCAAGCUGCUGAUCUUAAAGUUGGAGCUUGUGAACAUUACUCUUUGCUGACAAAAAAGAUGGGGAAAAAUGUUGAUAAUUACCAAAUAACAGCUGAAAAAUCUCGGACAUGUCUUGCAGAGGAGUGCAUCCAAUAUCCAUGUUCAGUUGCCACACAUGUUGCAGGAUCCUGUAGUGUUUAUGUUGCAAAUGAGCAACAUCUGGAAGUUCAAGCUGCUGAUCCAGUUGGGACAUUCAGUGAGAGGAACUCAGCAGAGACUGCUUCCAUAAGACAGCAUGAGUUACUUGUCAUAACCACAUCUGAAGUUGCAAAAAGUAUCACCGAGCACUUUAAAGGAUCUGAGGAACUUGAUUUCAAUACGAAAAGCUGGGGACCAAUUCAGUUCAAAGAAUGUAAAGCAUUUGGCGUAGAAACUGGUGAAACACACUCAGAGAAGUCAAUGUCAAUGCAGCCUUUCAAAAGCCGGUGGCUUGGUGGCUGGACUGGCAGGGAAGUUGACCUGGAUGCUGAAAGUUUAGAACCAUUUGAGUCUGAAACAUCUAUAGUCACACCACCCUGGGUUCAAGAUCCUGGGGAUCAUACAGCUGAAGUUGCAAAGAAGGCAGGAUCAAAGGGAUAUUCUGGUAGCCAUCAGCAUGACAACUGUAUGGACCAGGUUGUAAAAUCAUCUGUCCUUGAUGGCUUACACAACAAAAGAAGAAAAUCAAAUUUCUUUGUUGGAGAGACCAGCUUCUUGUCCGAGUCAGUUGCUGCUUUAGAUGAAAAUUUUGCUGCAUACAAACCUGAAGGUUGGGUGAAUGCGUGGAGGCCAGAAGGGAAUGCAUCAUGUGUCUCUGGCAUGCCUGUUGAAGCUAUAGAUAGCAAUAUUAGCAUUGUAAACGUUGCUUCUCAGGCGGUCGCAAACUCUUAUUGCUCCUUGGAUGAUCCUCUCUGUUCUGUAGUCAAGUGCAGUGUUCCUGGCGAGAACGCAAAUUCCUAUGAGGAUGUUACUUCCAGAUUGCAGGACUUGGAACUGGACAAGCAGAAUCGACUGGGACCGGAUUCUGAUUCUAUGGUUGGUCGAGAGUUCUUCUGUUCACUUGCUAAACUUACAGGAAUUGAAAGCCUAGAAUCCCCUGUUGCUUCUGUUAGAUGUAUGCACCCAAGGAUCAGUUCUGCAGGCUUUGGAGAAAUUAGACGAACACUUGUGGCAUCACUGAAGAGCUACAGCAUGCUGACUUCAUUUAAGAAAGCUACUUUUGAUGAACAAAAAGACUCUACUUCCAACAAAAUUAUUAUGUCAAGGGAUAAAAGUGAAAAAAUUACACAAGUGCUGCAGUCUAAAAUCAACUCUGGCUGCUGCCAACCUUUGAAUCUGGAAAAGAAAUCACAGUGUGCUGAUUCUUCUAAAUCUCGCGGUAGGCAUAAGAGAACAGCUAAUCCUGUUGAGAUCAAUGGAUGCAUUCAUAAACAAAAAAAACGAGAGAAUUGUUGUACUGUUAAGAAAAACAUCUUAAAGAACUCAGAUGUGAUGCAAACUAUUGAUGCAUUGGAUGAUGGCAUCACAAUGCACCAACUUGAUGGAAGAAGCUGUUCACCUUUAGUAUGGAAAAAUGGGACUAGGCGCAGGCUCCGGCCUUGCAAAACAAUAGGAAAUGAUGCUAAUGAAGAAUAUACCAUGGGUGGAGGAGCAGAAACAUGCUUGGGAAAAAUUCCAUUUACGAUGUUGGAGAAGAAAUCAAGUUGCAGGGAGAAUGCAAAGCGUAAAACACCACCACCCCAAUUGGAAUCAACAUCACAUGAACAGGGACCUUUGAUCAAGAAAGUUCGUUUUGCUGAAGAUGAAGAUGGGUGUGAGCAAAGAAAUUUUAGAAGUUCGGGACCCACCCAGAUCCGUAGUUGUAGCUUGCGUCAAGGAAAUGGCAAAAAGUGGAAAAAUUCCUUCCUUUUGGCCAAGCUAAAAGUGCAAAAUAAAAGUCAAAACUGUAGCAGGACUCAGAAAAGAGUUAUAUGUAUGGGCUUGGAAUUUAUGCUGACAGGCUUCACAAGAAAUGAGAAGCAAGAACUGGAAGUGUUGAUUAGGGAACAUGGAGGAGUGGUGCUUUUUGACAUUCCAUCACCUUCCCCAAGGCAAACAGGCAAGAGAAGACCAUUUCAAAAGGAUCAUGCCCAUACUAUAAUUUUAUCUCCUCGAAAGGUGCGAACAACAAAAGUAUUGUAUGGAUGUGCAACAAAUGCUCGUUUGCUGAAAGUGGAAUGGCUUAUUGACUCAAUUUCCUUGGGUUCUAUGUUACCACCCGACAAAUAUUUGCUUCUUCCAAAUCAAUCUGCUGGAAUGCAGAAUAUGGGUCUUGGACAAUCGGCAUAUAUUUUUGAUGGAGUAGGGAUCAUGCUCUAUGGGAAGGCCAGCUUCUGCAUCAAAUUUACAAAGCUAAUCAGGCAUGGAGGCGGUAGGGUGUUCAAAACUCUGCAAGGGUUAGUACAGAAUCUUAGGAACAAAAAAGUUAACAUUGGUGCCAUCGUGGUGGAGGAUAUGGGCUGGGCUACACGCCACCUGAAGCAAUGUGCUUCGGAAUACAAGCUAAAUAUGAUGUCUGCAAACUGGAUAACUGGCAGUUUGCUGUCCAGGAAGGUCCUACCAUUUGAUACCAAUGACAUGGAUCUUUGCAGCACAAUAAAGGAAGCUGGAGUUGAGGUUAUAGGCUCCAGUCAAGAGAUGUAACUGUUGUCCUCACCAGCGGCUUUUCCUUCCCUUUUUUGGAUAGCAUUCUUAACGGGCAUGAAUGAACAUGCGCAUACACCAGUCAAGAGCAAAAGCAUGCCCCUACUUGAAGCAACAGAAUUCAUGAUCCAUCUAUGCUUCAAUCAGGAAUCUGGGACCCAUGGACAAGGUUGCAUCUAUGACCGUCUGCAUCGUAGAAAGAACCAUCUGAAGGUGGCGUUGGUAACUCUUGAUGGACCUUCAGCAUGACCAUUCACCAUGUAUGUUGGUGUAAGCGUGGUUAUUGAUCAGUCUCUCCAGCCUUGCAUUGCAGCAGUAUUCUUUUAAGUACAGCACAGUCUAUAUACUUAUUUAACCUGCCAACUAAUCGCCAUUUCUUGUUGCCGGCCUGCUGCAUGAAAGUAAUCAGCAAAUUUAAGACAUUUUAGUUUAAAUUUCGAAGUUGAUUUGGUCGAGAUGAAUGGCUUCCUUAGGCAAGAAUGUAUAGCGGUGUAAAUUGUUACCUCAGAUGCCUAAUUGUGUAUCUGAAUUGUUUUUGUUAUGUACACUAUUCUGUUGUACAUUAUAUAAAUAUACAUCUUAUUCUUUUCA